UCUCCGAUCAGCCAUCUGAAAGUUCAGAAAUUCAAUUCUUGCCGGAACCGCCGCCAAUUUCAAAAUCAAGCCCAAAUCCGAGCUCGAGGUCCAUCAAUGGCGGAAACCGACAACAUCGAAGUGCCCCCCUACUUUCUCUGCCCUAUCACCCUCGAAACCAUGAAAGAUCCCGUCACAGUAGCCACGGGGAUAACCUACGACAGGGAAAGCAUCGAACGGUGGAUAUUCUCCCAGAAAAACACCACCUGCCCCGUCACCAAGCAGGACCUCAAGUCCCUGGACCUCACCCCCAACAUCACGCUCCGUCGCCUGAUCCAGGCCUGGUGCACCCUCCACGCCGUCGAACGCCUCCCCACCCCCAAACCCCCCGCCACCGUACCACAAAUCUCGAAGCUUCUAGAAGACACCCAAUCCCCCACGCGCCGCCGUAAGUCCCUCCAAACCCUAAAAUCCAUCGCCGCCCAAAGCCAGACCAACAAACGCUCCCUCGAAUCCGCCGGCGCCGCCGCCGUCCUAUCCGCCAUUGUCGUAAACCAAACCCUCUCAAACCCCCAACUAUUCGACGACGGCGACGGAGACGCCGGCGCCGCCGCCGGCGACGCCCUCAGCAUCCUCUACAGCCUCCAAUUAUCAGAAUCAGGCCUGAAAACCCUAGCCAAUCCCCAAUUCAUCGAAUCCCUAACCCUAAUCAUGCAAUCAGGCAGCUACGAAUCAAGAACAUACUCAAUCAUGCUCCUAAACCCAAUCCUCGAAGAAUCUUCCAACCCUAAUCUCCUAAUCAAUCUGACCCCCGAAUUCUUCACCCAAAUUUCCCAAACCCUAAAAGACCAAAUCUCCCCAAAGGCCACAAAAUCAUCUCUAAAAGCCCUAAUCACCUCCAUCUCAUGGGGCCGGAAUCGAAUCAAGGCCGUCGAAUCCGGGGCAGUCCCGGCCCUGAUCGACCUCCUUCUAGAAUCUUCCGACAAAAGAACAUCGGAAAUGGCCCUGACGGCCCUGGAUUCCCUCUGCCAAUGCGCCGAUGGAAGAUCAGGCCUGUUGACCCACAGCGCCGGCCUGGCUGUCGUCUCCAAGAAGAUCCUCAGAAUCUCCAGCGCCGCCAGCGAAAGGGCUGUAAGAAUUCUGCAAUCUGUGUCCAGACAUUCGUCGACGCCGGCGGUUCUACAGGAGAUGCUGCAGAUUGGCGUCGUGGCGAAGCUGUGUUUGAUAGUCCAGGUCGAUUGUGGGAGCAAAAUCAGGGAAAGGGCCAGGGAAAUCUUGAGAACACAUUCCAGGGCCUGGAGGAAUUCACCAUGUGUGCCUGUAAAUUUGAUGCUUUCUUAUCCAUGCUCAUAGGUUUUUAGAACACACACACACAUAUAUAUACAUACAAUUUUUUUUUAAGUCACAUUUUUGGUGUAUUGUUGUUUGUGAAUAUAGUUUGGGUUCAACUAUAAAGGAUAUACAUUAAUGGAUGGGCAAAAAGUUGUGCCCUCAUAAAGUAUUUUGAUUUAGUUUUUGGAUGAAUAAAGUUUUAACUAUUAAUUUGAUC